AUGUCACUUUUUCUCGCCGUUUUCGUUGUGUCUCCAAUUUUGGCAUCAGCUGAUGACGCGAAGGUCCUUAAAAUCGAAGCCACUUAUCAGGCCGACGACUUCAACAUCUCCACCGAUGCCCAUCAACAGUGUCUCGCGUGGAACUUGUACUGGAAAACGCAGAAUCGACGGGUUGAUCUAACGACGAGUGAUAUCGAUUUGUUGGCGUCGCGACGCGCUGAAGUUGCGAUUCGCAAUGAGAAUGAUGCGAGACGAUUUGGCAUUCCGCCGCAAUUGCUCACUAAUUAUUCGUACAUAUUAGUGGAUUUCCACAACAUCUGCCGACUUCUGCCGCGCGUCCUCAAAAUUGGAUCACCGUUGGCGGCGAGGAAAAAUCGAAUCAAUUUGAGCUCGAUGUGCGAAUCCGUCAACGAAACGGUGACAGAAAUCAAAUUAGAUGACGUCGAUGACGCAAACGCGAACGACAUCGGAAUCGAUUAUCACAUUUUCCGGAAUCAUGCAUCAAUUAUUAUCGAAUUGCCGAAUGCGUGCAACGAAAAUGCCAGUGACGCCAAUGAAGCUGUAAUUCAAUAUUAUUUAGAGAAAUAUGGGGACUUCUCAUACGACAUUAAGAAUCUUGGAAUGGAUGUUGAGAAAUUACACGAAUUGGUUAGGAAAACUGAAGAAUUGGACGAAAUAAUGAGUCAUGCUGCUGAUUCCUGCAAACGCCCGCUGCCUUCUUCAACAAUCUUGCCAUUUCUACAACGAGUUGAAUAUGAUCCACGGCAACCACCAGCGCUUCACAUUCAUGACACCGUCACCGUAAAAGUUGGCCUAUUCAUUCAAUCCAUGAGCAAUUUCGAGCUCUCCACAAUGGACUAUGAUCUUGAUACGUGGUUGCGAAUGGCGUGGAUCGAUCCAAGAUUGCGGCACGGAUUAUCGCGACCGAUUUUGGUCAAUGAUUUCACGUUUUUGAAGUUGAUUUGGAGGCCGGAUCCGAUUUUUACAAAUUCGAAAAGCGCCACGUUUCACAAGGUCUCCUAUCUGAAUUUCUACCUGCUAAUCUUUCCCGACGGCAAAGUUUUUAUGGAUGUUCGCGUUUACUUGAAGCCGACUGCUGCUCAAAUCGUGCUCUGCAAAUACCCGCAUGACAAUCCAGCAGUGUCUUUGAAGAUCAGCUCAAUGGGCUUCACACAAGACGUCGUCCGGUUCGAAUGGUUCGCCAAUCGGCACGAAGCGAUCAAAAUCGAGAAGAACGUUCAAAUUCCGGAAUUGAAAAUCCGCAACAUAAUGCCGGAAGAGUGCAACGGCGUCCGCAAAUCGGGCAACUAUUCGUGUCUCGAGGCGAAAUUCCAAAUGCACCGCGAAAUCGGCUACCACAUCGCCAACACCUACAUCCCAUCGACGAUAUGCGUCGUCUUCUCAUGGAUAUCCGUAUGGCUGCCGGAGGAGUUCGUCGAAGGACGAAUAUUCGUCUCGUUGACGGUGUUCCUCACGUUGAGCGCCGAAAAUAAUUCGGCUAAAGAGGAACUGCCGAAAGUGUCUUAUGUGAAAGCCAUUGAUAUUUGGUUCGGAUUCACGUCGACCUUCGUGUUCAUGACAAUGCUUCAAGCUCUCGUCGUCAUCUCGUUGGAGCACAAUAGCAAACGUCUAAAGCUGAAAUGCGAGCGAAAUCUUGAAGGCUACGGCAAAUACCAGCUGACAAAAUCGCUACUAUUGAGCCGCUAUUACCACAAAUUGGCGAGACAAGUCGACACAUUCUGCAAAGUCAUGUACCCGGUGAUAUUUGCAUUGUUCCUCAUGUUCUACUCGUUCGUCAUCACGCAAGGCGACGAGAAAAAGUGUUUGCAGAAUAAUUGA